GUCUCAGAGCAGGAAUUUUGGGGAGUGGAAAUUCCGCUGUUACUUUAAACUGACUCGCCUCGUAUUCCUGACAUUUCUGCUGUGGCGGUCAGUCAGACGGUCGGUUUUGCGAGCGGAGAGAGGCGGAGAAAGAGCUGGACUGAAAUCAGGAGUAAAGAUCUGGAGAGAGGCGCUCCGAUGUUCCCCGCGGCUGCCUUUCACUGAAUACCGGUUAACUAGUGAUUUCUGUCCUUUCAUUUCCUACUUGGAAGUACGCGUAUCGCUCCUGUCUGGUGUCAGAAGUGAGAGAUUCGAGCAAAGAAUCGAUGCGCACAGCUGCCACUUUUGGCGAAAGGAAUUUUCCCCUUUUUUGAUCCUUGUUUUCUGCAUUUGGAUUAUUAUUUGUUGCUUUCCAGGAGAUGGCAAGUUGCUCCCUGACAGACGCAGGGCUCCGGUGCUGAAGCUCACAGGAUGCUGGGGACCCUACAACAACCACAUCUCUUACUUUGAGACAGAUUUCGGUUAUUUUUUUCCCCCUCUCUGGACGUAAACUCCUUGGACGUUUUUCCCCCUCCCCUCCGUUUGUCUUUAUUUUCUUUCUUAUUUUUUAAUUUCUACAGAAUGUCUUUGUUGUACUGUCUAAUAAGGAUGCGUAGUGGAUUGCUAUUGUUCCUUUUCACCCAAGUCGUCUUGGUUGCUUCGUUGACUCAGACUGAUAAAUGCGGGGGCAACAUAGAGAUCCACACCGCGGACUACCUGACCUCCCCGGGCUAUCCCGGCGCCUACCCGCCCUCCCAGCAGUGCGUCUGGGUGAUCACCGCCCCAGAACCCGGUCAGAAGAUCCUCAUCAACUUCAAUCCGCAUUUUGAUCUGGAGGACAGAGACUGCAAGUACGACUACGUGGAGGUUUACAACGGCGGCGAGGAGUCUUCGCCCAUGUUGGGAAAGUUUUGCGGGAAAAUCGCGCCGUCUCCGAUCAUCUCCACCGGCAGCCAGCUCCUCAUCAAGUUUGUGUCCGACUACGAGACCCACGGGGCCGGAUUCUCCGUCCGCUACGAGGUCUUCAAGACAGGUCCAGAAUGUUCCAGGAACUUCACGCUUCCCAGAGGAGUCAUCAAGACGCCGGGCUUCCCCGACAAGUACCCCAACAACCUGGACUGCACCUUCAUGAUCUUCGCCCCCAAGAUGUCGGAGAUCGUGGUGGAGUUCGACAGCUUCGACAUGGAGCCCGACGUCACGCCGCCGCCGGGAGCCCUCUGCCGAUACGACUGGCUGGAGAUCUGGGACGGAUUCCCUGCAGUCGGGCCUCACAUCGGCAGGUACUGCGGCCAGAAGUCUCCGGGCCGAGUCAUCUCCUACACCGGCAUCCUGUCCAUGACCAUCACCACCGACAACGCCAUCGCCAGGGAGGGAUUCUCCGCCAACUACACGAUCCGCGAGAGGAGCCUCCCGCCUGGACACGAGGACGAGGAAUUUGCUUGUAUGGAGCCACUGGGCAUGGAGUCGGGGGAAAUUUCCUCAGAACAGAUCAGCGCCUCCUCCCAGUACAACUCCAACUGGUCACCUGAACGCUCACGUCUCCACUACCAGGAAAACGGCUGGACGCCCUCAGACGACACCAUGAGGGAGUGGAUCCAGGUGGACUUGGGCUUUCUCCGGUUCGUCACAGCCGUCGGGACUCAGGGGGCCAUAUCGAAAGAGACCAAGAAGCACUACUACGUCCGCUCGUACAAAGUGGACCUGAGCUCCAACGGAGAGGACUGGGUGACCGUGAAGGAGGGCUCGAAGCAGAAGAUCUUUCAGGGGAACCACAACCCAACAGACGAAGUCCGCGCCUUCCUCCCCAAACAGACUCUGGCUCGGUACAUUCGUAUCCGCCCCAUGUCCUGGGAACAGGGCAUCUGUAUGCGCUUUGAGAUCUACGGCUGCAGAACAUCAGACUACCGGUGUUCAGGGAUGUUGGGGAUGGUGUCAGGCCAGAUCUCAGAUGCUCAGAUCAGCGCCUCGUCUUACGCCGACCGCGGCUGGGUGGCCGAGAACGCCCGACUGUUGACGGGGAGGUCGGGCUGGACCGGGCAGCAGACCAAGCAGCCCUUCAGAAACGAGUGGCUACAGGUGGAUCUGGGCCAGGACAAGAUGGUGAGCGGUGUGGUGAUCCAGGGAGGGAAACAUCGCGACAGGAACGUCUUCAUGAAGAGGUUUAAGGUGGGACACAGCCUGGACGGAGAGGAGUGGACCAUUGUGAAGGAGGAGAACACCACCCGACCCAAGAUGUUCAUCGGGAAUCUGAAUCAUGACACCCCAGAACUGAAAUCCAUGGGUCCACUACUGACCCGCUUCGUCCGGAUCUACCCAGAAAGAGCCACCAAUGAAGGCUUGGGCCUCCGUCUGGAACUGCUGGGCUGUGAGCUGGACGAUAUUACCACUACAGCACCUCCCACCACACCACUCGCCUCUACGCUUCCCAUGACCACAUUCGGUGCGACCACCACGGCACCCAUCACGGUCCCCGGCACCACUUUGACCACCGACUGCGAGGAGGGACGAGAGGAUUGUGUUGCGGAGACUGAAGCGCCUGACGAGUUUGACUUAGUGACAGCAGGAGGCACCACGGUCGGCAACCCCAUCAUGGACUUCAUACCAGCUUACUUGUGGUUUGCCUGCAACUUUGACUUCUCGUCGUUCUGCGGCUGGACCAGAGAGUCCAGCACUGGAGCAGAGUGGCUCAUCCAGACCAACACGGCUCCUGCCGUCCACAGAGGACCGACCCUGGACCACACAGGCGGACCUGGGAACUUCAUCUACAUGCAGCUGAUGGACUCAGAUCUACCGAGUAAAACCGGCGAGGACGAGGACGAGGAGGAGAAGGUGGCGAGGUUGGACAGCCUGCCCAUCACCUCCCCGGACACCGACCUGUGCAUGUCCUUCUGGUACCACAUGUUCGGUGAGCACGCCGGAGCGCUUCACAUCAAGCAGCGGCGGGAGGCGGAGGAAGGCCAGAUCCUGUGGACGGUCAGCGGCCACCAGGGCAACCGGUGGAGGGAAGGCCGAGUGUUGCUGCCUCACUCCAGCCUCUCAUACCAGGUGGUGGUGGAAGGCGUAGCAGACAGGCGCAGUGCAGGUCACAUAGCUGUGGACAACAUCCAGAUCCUGGAUGGAUUCACUGCUGAGGACUGCAAAGAUCCAGAAGCUCCGACGUCUCCACCGACUGAGAUCUUCAUCUUGCCCAUGGACUCCCUGUCCCAGGAGACCAGUGAACUGGGGGGCCCAGGCAACAUGCUGAAGACGCUGGACCCCAUCCUCAUCACCAUCAUCGCCAUGUCGGCGCUGGGCGUCUUCCUGGGCGCCAUCUGCGGCGUCGUGCUGUACUGCGCCUGCUCGCAGGGCAGCAUGACGGACAGGAACUUAUCUGCGCUGGAAAACUAUAACUUUGAGCUGGUGGACGGCGUGAAGCUAAAGAAGGACAAGAUGAACGGACAGACUAACUACUCAGAGGCGUGAGUGGGACGGAGGCACGGAGCUGCGAUUGCUCCGCGUGGACACGUUGAUGCAGCCAAUCAAGGGAGAGGAAACGCAGGGCUGAGGCCACCAAUGGGACGGCAGGGUGGGCUGAGAGCGAGCCGAUGUAAUUUUAUUUCUCAGGAGCGGCAGUGGAAGUGGACUGACCUGUAGGGGGGGCACUGUGUAUAAAAGAAUCUGUACAGCAAAAAAAAACAAACAAAAAAAAAACAGAAAAAACAAGAAGACAACUAAGGAUUCUAUUUGUUUUUCGGCGUGCUUCGUUGAUUUCAUGUAAUCACAUGCUGGUGUUGAGACCAAUUCAGAUGACAGUUUAUGUACUUUUACGGAAAGAUAAGAUUUUGUUGUUUUGUUGUCGUUUUUCUUGUCUCUUUCUUUCAGACGCCAUUGUGAAGUCUGCUAUUCUGAUAUCUGGCUCUUUAGUUGGCCUUGUGAGAGCGCGUGAAAGUGUGUGUGUACAUGUGUCACACUCAUAUACAUCUGCAUUUAGGGUGUGUAUGUUCAGCUGGUGUGUGUGUGUGUGUGUGUGCGUUUCACUCAUGUUUAUCUGUAUACAUGCAGUGUGUGUGUGUGUGUGUGUGAAGCGGGUAGCAGCCCGUUGACCUGCGUCUAGUUCCGACAGUGCCUUUUUUUUCCUCCAAUUUUUCUGUUGCCUUGUUUUCUGCUGGUUGUUUUCCCAUCGGCUGGCGUUCCAUCCAGGGUUUCUACACAGGAAACAUUCGCUUUUCCAGGCUGCGAUUAUGAAACUGCAAAUUCCUUUGUGUUGUAGCGUGCUGUCACAUAUCACACGUGUUAGUGUAGAUCUGUAGAUCCUCAUGCCUUCAUGACAGUCGUACUGACACAAACUAAACUGUUGAAAUCAGAGUUCAGAUUCUGGAAACGUAUGUGAUUUUCAGAAGUGUGUAGGAGCCCUGAAUGCCUCAUUUUUCAUGGCACAUGACACAUCCAACAUAUUGUACAUAGGUUUUAAUAUAUUUGAGCGCCCUUUUCUAUAGAAAAAGACACCAGUGCCGCAGUAUCCUUUCUAAGUUGGAAUCAAACUCACCCUUAAUCUCUAAAUUCUGAAAAUGUACAGAAAAACAGAGACACCUGUUGUUUCUUUCCGACCUGAUCGCCGUCUUGGGAGUUUUGUGUGGUUUCAGUUUGGAGGAGUUUUUUCGUACAGGGUAAAAAAAAAAAAGGACAACCUCAGUACUGGGAAGACGACUCGAGGACGGUUCAUUGUGAUUAUUUUCUGCUGCUCCUCACCGGGACACUAAGGGACUGCUGAACCUUUAACCAGAGGUGUGUCCGGCGGUCUGGGAGCCACAAGAAGGACUUAAAGUGUCUCUCAGCGUCUUUUAAGGAGCUUGCAGGAUAAGGAGGCGUCUGGAUGCCGUGACUGCGUUGUACUGCGUCAGGACGUUCUCUCUGAAGCUAAAUCCUGUUUAACAUCCCCACAGGUGACUAACUGCAGAAACAUUGAGCCUCGAGCUACGGUGGCCUGGAAGUUAAGGUGUCACGAGCUAAUCAGAGCAGAGACCAAAGGGUUAUUUGCUUUGCUUUGAUUGUUAAAAACUGGUGAAAAUUGGAUUUUAAAUAUUCAUUUGCAGUACAAACAUGCAGCUUUUCACACUUCUUUGUGUUGUUUUUGUGGAAUUCUGCUGCUCGUUUUGCAUUUUAUCCCCGUUUCACUAAUUUUAUUUUAGUUUUCAGGAGCAUUUUCUUACAAAAUGACCUUAUUUACUGUAAUCUGGAGUUGCUCUUUUACUGGGAGUCAACUUUGGAGUCUGUGAAGAGCAAACUUUGCAUAUUUUCUGUCAGAAAUUGCAAGAACAGGAAGUCUUGUGUUAAUAAUACUGCUUUGCUGUGUUUUUGUUUUUGUAGCUACACAUGUUGUGAUGCUGGUCACUCGUUCAUAGCACAGUUUAGAUGGAAGGACUAAGAUUUUAAAGCCAGAAAUUUCAUCCGUCACCAACCAGUCAACCUCCGACAGAUGUUAUAUGUUCGUAAGUUCUUACUAACUGCAGAUAUCGAACCUACAAUAUUUAAAAAGCCAUUAAAUAGGUAUGAUAGACUGACAUAUUUCCACUUAUCUGCUAUUUUACUGCACCGUGGACUUUAAAUCUGCCCAUUUUUAAUGUAGCAUUACGUGGCAUCACAUGAGUCCAAAUGUCACAUAAGCAUCAGUUCUUUCCAUUAAGACAACAACCAAAAAAAAACAAGAAAAAGAAAGAAAUCCACUUAUUCAUUGGACUUAAUUUAAAUCUACUCAUCUUGUUUCAUUUUCAAUCAAAUGAAGGCACUCAGACUGUUGAGAUGCUCAUAAUUUUCUCUUAAAAGCCAACUUGUAGAUUUUGUUUUGCUAAAAUGUUAAAGAUUGUGGGUUUCCAAAUUUACCUUCAGCCCGGCAAGAAUGUGUUUGUGAUGUUUCAGCCGAUUAAGCUCGAGAAAGGAUGCUGCAGCACUCGACGUGAAAACAAAUGUUGCACUGAUAUAUUUAAAAAAAAAAAAAUCUAUGUGUUUAUGAUGUUGAUUUAUGAAAAGAGAGAAAGGAGAGGACAGUGUUAUUGUUGCUUCUUUUUAACACGGUUUCAGAUGACAACGUUAUAAUUCUGAAAUGUACAAUUUACAGAGAUGUUUUUCAUUCUCGAAAAAGCUUAUAUGCGUCUCUUUGAAGCGUAACAGUUUUAUUUACUUGGUAUAAUAUCACCUUGUGUUUUUGUACUGUCACUGAUGUACGUGCCAUUGUUUUAUUAUUUUUCUUUUCUUUGUAUGACAAGAAAAAUGUUUUAUUUUCAGAAGAGUUUCUGUAAUUUUGCCGUCUCGAAUCCAGAAAAAAAAGAAAAGAAAACAAGAAAGGAAAGAAGGAAGUAAAACAAAUUGGGAAGCAGUGAGGCCUUAUGUGACUAAAAGUAUUGUUUGUACUUUGACUUUCUGGUCAGCACCCAGACUCAUCCGUCUCUGUUGUCUCAGACUCUCAUCAUUGACUAUUACAUUCCAAAGAAUUGGAUCAAAUAAAUGUUUUAAGUAAAA